AUGUUCGGUUCCUCCAAGCAGACCCGUGACGACGGUGCUUCGUCGUCUUCUGUUGUUCAGAUUGGUCGUCAUCGGAAGUGCCGACGUUUCGAUGGGCUUUCAGUGCUUCCUGAGUACAUUGAUUGUGGUGAUUGUAGCCGGGUGUGUGAGUAUUGCGGUGCAUUUUUCUGGUACGUGGAGAGGGCUCUUAAUAUGUCGAUAGUUGCUCACCCAAGGUAUACCCAUUAUUGUAGAGGUGGUAGUGUUGUUCUUCCGUAUCCUUCUAGGUUUCCGUCUCGGUUUAUUGCCUUGUAUGAAAGUCGAAAAUUUUUAAAGGAUGUUAGGGCUUACAAUAGUAUGUUUUCCAUGACCUCUUUUGGGGCUAAUAUCGAUGAGGACAUGAAUGAUAGUCGUGGCCCAUAUGUUUUUAAGGUCUCAGGAAAGAUUAGUCAUAAAAUUGGGUCCCUCUCUCCAGAUCUUGCAAAAGGACCGAGGUUUUUGCAGCUUUACUUAUUUGAUACAGAUCACGAAGUUGAAAAUCGGUUGAGGGCUUUUGAUGGUCCCAGACCAACGACUUUGGAUUCGACUGUUAUCAAUUAUUUGAGCCGGUUUUUAGGUGAGAGUAAUGAAUACGUUCGGACCUUCAAGACUGCAAAGCAGAUGGCUGAAGGAAUGGAUUUGGAAUCGUAUGUUGUCCGACUAUUCAAUGACAUUCAGGACCGUAGAUAUGACUUACCUUUACCUGGGUCGUUAGGAUGUAUAGUAGCUGGCGAUGAUACAACAUCUACCACAUAUGACAUAAUUAUUCACUCGCAGUGA